UAGUUUAUUCAGUCUUGACGUGUUCUUUGAACUAAAGUAAAAUGACUGGUCGCGGCAAGGGAGGAAAGGGAUUGGGAAAAGGAGGAGCCAAGCGCCAUCGUAAGGUACUUCGUGAUAACAUCCAGGGAAUCACCAAGCCAGCUAUCCGUCGUCUCGCUCGUCGAGGUGGUGUGAAACGUAUCUCUGGUCUCAUCUACGAAGAGACUCGUGGUGUACUCAAGGUGUUCCUUGAGAACGUCAUCCGUGAUGCAGUCACUUACACCGAACACGCCAAGAGGAAGACCGUUACGGCUAUGGAUGUGGUCUAUGCUCUGAAACGUCAAGGACGUACUCUCUACGGAUUUGGAGGUUAAGCUCAACUUUACGGAACAAAAAACAAUCGGCCCUUUUCAGGGCCA